AUGGCUAACCUGCAGCAGGAAUACCCUGGGGUCCUUCUGGGGAUCCUGGAGGAACUGGCCAAUAUGCGCCAGUUUCUGACUUUCCAGGACCUUUGUCGCAUGGUCAGCACCCGCUUUGACCUGGAGCACCUCAUCGAGCUCAGGAGUUUGCUGUUUGCUGCUGCCAGCCGGGACCCCUGUUUCCCGGCUACUCUCUUCAGAGACCGGGUUUCCGCCAGAGGCCAGGGACUAUCACCCAUAGGCGUCGCUGCUGACAUUGUAACUAUAUUCAAUCUUAUUCAGAUGACGGGUGGGGCCACUGAUGACGGCCAACCAAUGAGAGCCCAAGCGGUCCUCCCUGUCGACCAGUCUCCAGGCCCCAGCCUGCCUGGAAUCCACCAGCUGAACAUUUAUGGUCGAGAAAAAACACGUUCCCACUCUGACUCCAGUGGCAGGCCUAUCGACCAGCACUUGCUGUUUCCAAGAUCUAAUUACUCGGCCCGCAAGCGAGCAAGUCUUCCCCCCGAUCCGAUCUCACUCGUGUCUUCCCCUCCAAUCCGGGCGAGGGCUGUGUCUUUCGACUUGCCUCACACAACACUUUUGUACCCUAGUGGUCAAAUCCCCAACGAAGUCAUGAAGAAUAUCUACCUGCCCCUGGAGACGGACAGUGAGUCUAGUGGAGAUUCUGCGCCUGUGGAGGUUUUCGAACCCGAACAGGGAUCAUCUGUCGACCAGAGGAGAAACAUCUUUCGAAAGGACUUCCAUAACCAGCCGCCUCUGAUCCCCCAGGUGACCAUUAACAGUGACUCUCCAAGCCCCAGCACGGGGCAGAAAGGCUUCGACAAUCAGAGCUUUGAAAUGAUCCCAAAUCCUUACCCCUCACCAACAACAAUCCACCAAUCGCCAGAGCAGCGGGCUAAACAUGAGAGCCUUGACGACCUACAGGAUUCAACUUACUUUGGACCUGGGUCAGUCCCAGAGUGGUCCCCCCGGCACCUUCAACCUCCCAGGACCCAGAGACCCAUCUGGAGCAACAAGAGUCACAGUUUAGAAGACCGGAUAAGCCGGGAAAGCAUUGGACUGGGGAUGGAAUCACAAGGGGGGCAACUUCCAAGACGAUCAACCCCUGCUAUCAGCAGUUUGGGAGAGUCCUCAGGAGGUGAGAGUGGGGACAGUGGACUGCCAAGUGGAGGAGAUGCAGUCAAGGCUCAGGGAACCCAAACAGAUGCACCGGACCCCCGGCGCCUCCGUAGCCUGGUGCAUGCUGAUCGCCUCUCCUUCAUGACCUCAUUAGACGACCCUGAGUUUGGUGAGGAUGACAUCAGUGCCAUCUUCCGUUUCUUAGAUGACAUAAGCAUGUGUGGUUCGACGGGAGUCCUGCACCCCAGCGAUGGAUCGGCGGCCAUUAAUCAGGACACCCCUGAGGCCAGACGUGGCCGCUUAGGUCAACUCCAAAGGCUGUUCCACUCUCUGGAAAGCAGUGAUGAUGGGCUCAAGGCCAGUGUCUGUAAGCUGCUGCUCCGUAUGAGCCAGAUAGAAAGACAACUGGAAUCACUGAAUGAUGUUAAGUCUGAGAUAUCUCAGGUACUGUCUGCUCUGCAGCGACUGGAUGAAAAGAUCCAGCAGCCUAUCAGUAGUGGUGGACAAGGCACCAGUGGGAGAUGGCUGGAGCCUCUCAGCGGUGUCUCCUCCUUUAUGAGCCACCCUCUAACCCCGUCUGAGUCAUCCGAGCCUCAGCCUCUGUCUGCAUCUGGGCAUCUGUUUCCAGGGACCAGCACUAGUAGUCUGGACUGGAGCCGAUGGAACACUCCUGGGGAGCAAAUAGAAAGCAGCAAAAGUCAGGCUGAUUCAAAAGGGAGGAAAGAGGGGAAGAAGGAUGCGUCGUCACGUCGUGCCUCCAAAACCCAGCCGGAAGAGAAAAGUGUCUCUGAUGCCAAACAGCCAAGUGCUUCUAAUUCUGCAAGAGACUGGACAGUGUCAUUCUCGAGAAGUAAAGAUGGCAAAGCUUCACAUGGACAGGCAGAUCAAUCAGGCAGCACCUCUAAUCUACUGUCCCAAAAGUCCUCCAACCUGGUGGAACAAGUGUUUAACUCGUCCCUGUUCCGUCACAAAGACAGUAGUCUGACAGGUGGGCUCGCCUCUGGUAAGAUCAUGGACUCCAGACUGGCUGAGGGGAGAGGAAGGCCCAUAUGGACUGUAGACGACAGAGAGGCACGAGUCACCCCUUUGGAUUUACAAGCCCAGGAGUCUCUGAACCCCAACAACAUGGAGUUCUGGAUGGACGACAUCUACACUCCGGGCUACGACGCUCUACUCAGGCGUAAGGAGGCUGGCCUCCGCCGGGCCAAGGUCUGCAAGCUGCUUGCACUCAUUGGCACUGCAGUGGCUAUCAUUCUCAUCAUCGUCAUUCCCAUUUGCACCAUGGGGUCGUGA